AUGAAGCGCACUGCCUCUCAAGCCGGUCUCCUCGCCGGCGAAAGUGAGACUCGCCUACCCAACACAAUGGCUCGCAGCGCAGAUCACGACCAAGGCUUCGCAAACAUCGAUACCGAUGCCGCACCAGCCGGCGAGACGACUGUCGUAAUUGUCGGCGCAGGACCUUCGGGGCUGAUGCUUGCAGUGAACCUCGUCCGCUUGGGUACCCCCAUCGUCCUGCUCGACGAUCGGCCCGACAAGACGUCAACCGGAAAGGCAGAUGGAAUCCAGCCCAAGACGAUUGAGACGCUGAAGCAGCUCAGACUUGCAGAUAAACUAUUGCGGGACGGGGCGCGUAUCUACGAUAUUUCAUUCUGGGAUUCAACAGAAUCUCACCCUUUGAGGCGGAAGGGUCGCCAGACUCAUUACCCGGAUCACCUGGUCGGUGCAUCGGACCCGUAUAUUCUCCUCGUGCACCAAGGGAUGUUGGAGGACGUGCUGAUCGAUGACCUUGCGGAGCGAGGCGUCACUGUUACGCGGAAUAGUUCAUUUCUGUCUUGUUCGAGAAAUCCAUCUAAAAAAUUAGAUGUCGUCUACGAAGAUCAGAGCACGGGUACAAAGAAGGUGAUCCAGACAGAAUACCUCGUUGGUUGUGACGGCGCGCGAUCGAGCGUGCGGGAGUUCAUCCCUGAUGCGCAGCUGGAGGGUGAGAUGACAAAUGCCAGCUGGGGAGUUCUUGACGGCGUCAUUGAGACCGACUUUCCCGAUUUAUGGAGCAAAGUUGCCGUGCGCACCCAUACCGUCGGCUCCCUCUUGUGGAUUCCGCGAGAACGAGGCAUGACGAGGUUGUACGUUGAGUUGAGCGCGACAGCCGGAGAACGCAUUGAUAAGGCUAAGGCAACACCGCAAUAUGUCAUGGAGCGCGCAAAGGAGGCAAUGAAGCCGUUUAGUCUGGAGUGGAAAUCGAUCGAAUGGUUCGGAAACUACGUCGUUGGGCAGCGCGUGGCGAGACAUUUCUCUGAUCCUGAUUACCAGAUCUUCAUUGCUGGCGAUGCACGUCCCCUUCCGUCUGACCUCUUUCUCAGUUUGUCUAACAGGUUCUUUAGGCCGGUCACUGCCACUCUGCGCUCGCCGCCCAAGGUGCAAACACCACUGAACCUAGUGGCGCGUGGCCUAGCCUCUCCGUCUCUGCUGGAGACUUACGAAACUGAGCGGCGCAAGAUCGCAAACGACCUCAUUGCCUUUGACGCCGAGCACUGUGCUGCAUUUGAGGCAGGCGAAGCCGCCCUUGCCAGGAACUUUGAUGAGAAUAUCCGGUUCAUCUCUGGGGUCGGAGCGGAGUAUGACGCUAGCAUUUUGACGCAAACCAAAGUAUCAGACGCUGGGAAGGGAUCCAGAAGAUUGAAGCCAGGGGCGCUCUUAAUCCCAGCCAAAGCGACGCGGUACAUCGAUGCGAAUCCGGUCGAUAUCCAGCUUGAUGUCCCACUUUUGGGUCAAUUCAGACUGUAUUUCCUCAUUCCGAAUGUUAGCGCAGCGAAGGAGAAAGGAUUCCUUGAGGUAGUCUGCCAGAUUCUCAGCAGCCCGACGUCCAUUCUAGCAAUUUCUGCCGAGAAAGCAAAAGAAUCCUACACCUCUCGCUCGCGAGGCUGGUCUGCAACCGACGCUUACCAGGUUCCAGAACGGUACACUACUGUUUCUGAGAUAAUAACGCUCUCUCUCAUUUCGGGCUCGAAGAGGGAGGUCUUCGAGAUAGCGGAUCUCCCGCUUGCGUUGCAGAAGAGCCGGUGGACUGUGUAUCUGGAUGAUGUGGAAGGGUGUAUUGAGAAGUGGGUUGGGGAGCUGCCAGAAACACAGGCUGGGAUUGUGCUAGUGAGGCCAGACGGCAAUUACCCCCGCACGCCGAAUGCAUAA